AUGCAUGAUAAGAGUUCAUAUCACAGAGAUGCCCUUGCAAAACACAAGAAACAUGGUAAUGACAGUGUCACAAGUUUACUUCUGGCAAAAGUUACUAAGGAACAGCAGUGCAGACGAAACCUUCUGCUUGUGCAGCUGUCAUGUCUCUUAUUCUUAUCAAGGCAAGGAUUAGCACUUCGAGGGCAUAUUGAAGAGGAAUCGAACUUGUUUCAGCUUCUGAAACUGACAGGUUCUGACAUAGAGGGGUUGCCAACAUGGUUAUCUGAGAAAACAUAUAUGUCUCCUGCAAUUGUGAAUGAGCAAUUGAUGCUCCUGGGCCGAGCUGUGCGACUGAAGAUUCUUGAGAGAAUCAAAGCUGACAGGUUCUUUGCCGUUAUGGCGGAUGAAACAAGAGACAUAUCAAACAAAGAACAAGUUGUCAUAUGUAUCCGUUGGGUGGAUAAUGAUUUCAGUGUCCAUGAGGAUGCUAUUGGCCUAUAUGUGGUUCCCUCCACAACAUCAGCAACACUAACAGAAGUACUAAAAGACACACUUAUCCGUUGUGACUUACCACUAUCGAAUUGCCGAGGUCAAGGCUAUGAUGGUGCAAGUAAUUUUCAAGGCCAUGUCAAUGUAGUUGCUGUCCAACUGCAAAGAGAAGAACCACGAGCAGUUCAUGUCCAUUGCCUCGCCCACUGUAUCAACUUGGCUUUGCAGGAAGCCACUAGAGCAUGCAAACCUCUCAGGGAUGCUCUUGACAUCACAAUUGAAGUGAACAAGCUCAUUAAAUAUUCUCCAAAACGAGAACACCUAUUCAAGAAUCUUCAAAAAGCUCCAUCCAUUGAGAAGCGUCUUGACAUGGAUGUGCCUCAAACUGAAAGAACUCGUGGCUUACGACCUCUGUGUCCAACACGUUGGACAGUUAGAACAGGAUCUAUCAACUCUGUUUUGGAGAACUUUGAUACUCUUCGAAAAGCAUUUGAAGAAAUCAAUAAGGGUCACGAUGAGUAUGCCAGGAUUGCAGGUGGUUUACUUUCACAGUUUGACCAGUUUAGUGUGUUUUUUUGGCUGAAAGUUUCUUCCCAAAUUUUUGCUGCAUCAGAGCAAUUGUCUUCGUCCAUUCAAAGCGUAGAAACAACGGCAAAGGACGCACAAAAGGGAGCAGAGCAAGUACUGGCGUAUUAUGAUAAGCUGAGGAGUACAGAUACUUUUUCAGAGUUCUACAAGUCUGUUGUUGAUGAAGCUGAAGACAAAACUGAUCCUCCACGUCUACCACGCUACCGGAAGAGGCCCAAGAGAUUGGAUGAUGGAUCUAAUACUCACACGUUUCCUUCUGUGGAAGAUUAUUAUCGCCAACAAUAUUUUGAAGGUCUAGACAUCGUUUCAGAGCAACUAAAGCGGAGAUUCUCACAGAAAGGAUUUAACACUGCUGUGGAGAUAGAGCUACUGUUGCUGUCUGCUGCAAAUGGACGGAACUUUCAAAUAUCUUCUCACAUCAGAGAACUCUACAAAGAUGAUGUUGACUUUGUUCGAUUGAACACACAGCUUUCCAUGCUUCAUGACACAGUGAAAUCUGUCUCCACUGAAAGUGGAUGCUUAAUCAUUGAAGUCACAAAUAUUGAUACUGUUGUAUCAAUUAUCAACUCAUCGCCUGUAAUAAGGCACCUGUUCAAGGAGAUAAGUACCCUUUUGAAGAUCUGCUUGACUAUUCCUGUCACCACAGCAACAUCAGAACGUACCUUCUCCGCGCUUCAACGCCUGAAGUCAUACGUCAGAUCUACAAUGACACAGGAACGUCUGAACAACGUUCUGCUACUGCAUGUUCACAAAACCAUUGCUGAUGAACUAUCUCUAGUGGAUGUUGCCCGGGAGUUCAUUUCUUUCAAUGACAGAAGACGCAACUACUUUGGACUUUUCUCAUAA